AUGGCAGGUGCCCUUUUCGGGUCCGCCCUCACUGCUUCGGGGGUUUACCUCCCAAGUGUCAUCUUAUCCCAGAUGGAGCUGCAGGACUUACACAUGUUGAAAGUGUUUCUCACAGCGGGAUCCGCGAGCGGAUUGGCCGUGGCGCUCUACGAGCGCCUUGUUCAUCGACAAUUGAGCCGACGUCCUCCUUCGAAUCUCGGCUGGAUAGGUCCGUAUGACGGCAAUAUCAUCGGUGGUGUGAUGGUAGGCUUUGGAAUGGCCCUAACAGGCGCUUGCCCCGGCACUGUACUCGUCCAAGUUGGCACAGGGGUACCAUCCGGGCGGUAUGCAAUCAUCGGCGGUAUCCUAGGGGGGAUAUUGUACAUAAUACUCGCGAAACGACUGCGCCGAGCUCCAACCGGCGCCAGUCCCCAAGCAAACAAUAGCCUUCCUGCAAAGUUCGGCGUUGACCCCAAUACGGCUCUGCUGAUGUUCGAGGGGAUGUGCAUCUGCCUGAUUCUGGCUGCCAGAUAUCUUGUUCCCAGCCAGAUUGAAACCUUUCUGGAUCCCGUGGUUGGCGGCACGUUGAUUGGUGCCGCGCAGCUGGCGACGCUCAUCCUGACCAAAUCACCGGUUGGUGUUUCAACAUGCUAUGAGGAUAUCGGGCUCUGGUUCUGGGGUUGUCUGGGCUGUGAGACUAGUUCGUCCCCGACACAGGGUGUGACGAGAAGGCUAAUUCCUUUGUCAAAAGCGAUUGCUUUUGCAAGCGGAAUUCUGGCCAGCAGCUAUGUGCUGUCGAAGGCAAUGCCAGAGAUGAUCAUAAAGGAUGCCCUGGUCAUCUCGCCUGCGAGAGGUAUCCUGGGUGGGGCGAUUAUGGUGUUUGGAGCGCGUAUUGCAGGCGGAUGUACUAGUGGACAUGGGAUUAGUGGGAUGAGUAUGUUGGGAAUCAGCAGCAUUAUCACGGUCGCCUCGAUGUUCGCGGGAGGUAUUGGGUUGGCGUUAGCUCUGUGA